AUGACUACAAAUGGUGUCCAGAAUUGGGCAUUUCCCAACAGGUUUGCCAUUCGAAUGAACAUCUUUCCCAAGGAAAAGGUCUUGGUGGCCAAUGGCUCCAAAGCCCACACGUGUGGUUACAAUUGGCAAAAUUCAAACUUGAGCGAAGAAUAUUUGGAGGCACUUCGGUCGCAGGUCAUGAAUGUAUGGCAUCACCUUGUUGAGAGCAUGAAAAAAGUUGUGGAGGAACCUGAUCUUCUGGAAUCAGAAUGGGAAGAGGAUAUGGACGACUUGGACCGUUUUGAUUGGCAAUUGGAUGCCUUGAAGCGCUGUGUGGACGAGGGGACUCCCUUCGUCGAUACCAUGUUCCAACCGGGUUGGAAAGGAUGGAAAGGAUCCAGUGUGGCUACCCCCUGA